AUGGUUCACAAAACAAAAAACCAGCUCCGAAGGGAACGUGCGAAGCAGAAGAAGAGCUUGUCUGAGACCGUCCAGAAGCAGCCCUCUGAUAUUCAAAAUGAUGUGAAUGGGGCAGAAACACCGGAAUCGCCCGUAGACGUGGUCGUUGAAGACGCCCCUCUAGACGGUUUUGCUGAUUACCAGGCUAUCCUUGAUAAAUUCAAUAGGCCGAGGGAAUCGCCAAGAGAGGACGCACAUCACGAUGAACAGAAACCAGAAGAGGCUAAGUCGGAGUACGAGGGGUUUGAAAAAGAUGAUCUUCCGGAGCAGCUAUCAAAACGUCAGUUCAAGAAAAAGUACCAAAUUCCGUUGGCAUACUUGAAAGCCGAGUCGGACAGACCUGAACUCUUGGAGAUGGCCGACGUCAACUCACCGGAUCCGCGACUUCUCGUGUAUCUAAAAACACUUCAUAAUGCGAUUCCUGUGCCGCAACACUGGGGUGCUGCCAAAGGAUUUCUAAUGGGCAGAAGAAACUACGACAGGCCUCCUUACCAGUUGCCUAAAUUCAUUGCAGAUACGGGAAUCAUACAGAUGAGGAGCUCGAUGAACGAUAAAGAAACAACCUUGAAACAGCGAAUGAGAGAAAGAGUGCAACCACGUAUGGGUCAACUAGACAUCGAUUUCAACAAAUUGUACGACGCAUUUUUCAAAAACCAGACAAAGCCGGAUCUCCUGCGCUAUGGAGAAGUCUAUUUUGAAGGCUUGGAGAGCAUCGAGCUCCUUGGACCCUUCAAAGUCAGCAAGUAUCGCCCAGGUGUCAUGAGUCAUCGCCUCCGUGAAGCUCUGGGCAUGAUUGGUCCCAAAUCGAAAUUGCCACCAUGGUAUGAAAAAUUCCAGAAACUUGGACCACCGCCAGCUUAUCCUUAUAUGCGCAUCAACUCAGACGGAACCGUCUCUUUUGACAAAGACCAAAGGACUGUGAUCAACAGAGCAGAGCCUGUGGAUCGCACGAGGUGGGGAGAAUUGGAAGAAGUAUACGAGAGCGAGAGUGAAGAGGAAGCAAAUCAAAGAGCAGAGGAAGAAGAAGACCAGCGGCCCUCGCGAACUGAGCAAGAGCCGGGCACACAGUACGUCGCUUCUGCAGGGGAUGUGUUUAUUGAUAGCCUCGAAGCUGAGAGCGCUCCAUCAAAGAACUCCCAAGCGCAGCGAGAUGCCGACGAAACGGACGAUGGUCGUCCCAAGAAGCUCUACACAGUUCUGAAGGAGAAAAAAGGCGGACAUCACGAAAGCAUCUACGGUUCCGAAACUCUCGCUUACGAUCUGAAACGCACCGGAGACGACGAAUCUGUGCCGCCUUCGAAGAGGCGCAAGGGACUACACAAUCACGAAAAGAAAGAAGAGAAAUUUAGAUUUUGA